AGCAUUUGCUAUUCUCUCAACUCCCCUCUGCAGGAGCAGUAUCCCGGAAGUUCCUUGUUAAGAAUAUGCCGAAUGUUUUGUCAACUGAAAGUCCUACCUGCUCACCAGUGCCCUGAUCUGUCCAGAUGUCUCGUGGCUGGGGUAGUGAUGAAGCGGUCUGCUUGGGAGAGAAGGCGUUCCGGCAGUGCUGUGAGGAGUUUAUUCAGCACUCCCGGUCUAUCAACGAUGAAUGGGACUGGGAACACAGUCAAGGUUCUGAGGAGGGUUACAUGAAGAAAAUACUUUUGAAAGCAGAAAAUAGCAGCGCUCGCCCAGCUUGGGAUGGCCAAAGGAACCUGCAGGGUGCGAACGGUGAGCUGGAACUUGAAGCCCAGCACAAAGUGUGUGAAGAGUUUGAGGACCCUGCUGCAGGCUGCAGCAUCACUACUGGUCCUGAAGUGAUUCGUUACGAGUACCAUGUAGUCUACUCCAGCAGCUAUCAAUCACCGGUGCUUUACUUCAGAGCUUGCAAGUUAGACGGCAGACCCUUAUCUCUAGAGGAAAUCUGGGAAAGAGUUCAUGAUAACUACAAGGAUCGUUUAUUGCAAGGACCUUGGGACACCAUCACCCAGCAGGAGCACCCACUGCUCGGACAGCCGUUCUUCAUUCUCCAUCCCUGCCGAACUCAUGAAUUUAUGAGCCCCAUAGUCCAAGCUGCCAAACAAGAGAACAGGCACUUGAAUGUCAUUACAGCCUGGUUAAGCAUGGUGGGCCCUGUUGUAGGACUAGCUCUGCCAAUCAGCUACGCCAUGGCAGCCUCGAAACACAAACCAGCUCCUGAUUAAAGAACAAGGAGCUCAUUACCUGCAUUCUUGAAUUCAGAAUUAAGGUCGGCAUCAAUCAGACAAUGGAGGAUUCUGAGUGGGAAGCAAGUGUCUUUUCCAGCAGCAUGCAGCAGUGAGCUUCUGAAGGGCACAGCCGUCAAGAGGCUGUUGAUGCAGCACCUUUUCAUUACAGUGGCGAAUACAAGGGCAAUGCUAAAGCUAACCGGGCAAGAAAUAAUUGUAACUAUGAUACAUAUUUGUGUAUGGUUGACUACAUUGCACUUCCCAAUAGACAAAUAAUUUUAGAACCUGAGUUCAGCUGUGCAGGUGGCCAGACCAAUUCCUUGAGUGCUGUAUAUACUGUGCAUGUCAACUUAAGAACAACACAAAAGAGCGAGUGUAUCAGUCUGCUCUUCCUGUCCAAUAGCUGAAUCACACAGUGAGCACCCUAACCCCCACUCUCCACAGCACUGCUACUGGAGAUGUUAUUGUUUUAAUUAUGUGUCAUUUAUAGGUAAAGAUUUUUUUUUUGUUAAACCUCUGUGUUUUGGUGUUCUCUCUACCGCUCCCAUUAAGUCGUUGCCACUGUGGAUUUCACUUGUACAAGUACACAGACACACAGAGACACACACACAUAAGAACAUAAGAAAGGUUACAAAUGAGAGGAGGCCAUUCAGCCCA